GAAGCCCUGACUCGAGAGUCUCUCUUGGAGUCUCUCAGCGGUUUGCCGGCCGCGCGGUUCCCUGUUCUGUGUAGCCCGCGGUUCGCCGCCCCGCUAGCCGCCGCGAUGCCGGUGUUUCACACGCGCACCAUCGAGAGCAUCCUGGAGCCAGUGGCGCAGCAGAUCUCGCACCUGGUGAUCAUGCACGAGGAGGGCGAGGUGGACGGCAAAGCCAUUCCUGACCUCACCGCGCCCGUGGCCGCCGUGCAGGCAGCCGUCAGCAAUCUCGUCCGGGUUGGUAAAGAGACUGUUCAAACCACUGAGGAUCAGAUCUUGAAGAGAGAUAUGCCACCAGCAUUUAUUAAGGUUGAGAAUGCUUGCACCAAGCUUGUCCAGGCAGCCCAGAUGCUUCAGUCAGACCCUUACUCAGUGCCUGCUCGAGAUUACCUAAUCGAUGGGUCAAGGGGUAUCCUCUCCGGCACAUCAGACCUACUCCUCACCUUCGAUGAGGCUGAGGUUCGGAAAAUUAUUCGAGUUUGCAAAGGAAUUUUGGAAUAUCUUACAGUGGCAGAGGUGGUAGAAACUAUGGAAGAUUUGGUCACUUACACAAAGAAUCUUGGACCAGGAAUGACUAAGAUGGCCAAAAUGAUUGAUGAGAGACAGCAGGAAUUGACGCACCAGGAGCACCGAGUAAUGUUGGUAAACUCAAUGAAUACUGUGAAAGAGUUACUGCCAGUUCUCAUUUCAGCUAUGAAGAUUUUUGUAACAACUAAAAACUCAAAAAACCAAGGAAUAGAAGAAGCUUUGAAAAAUCGAAAUUUUACUGUAGAAAAGAUGAGUGCUGAAAUUAAUGAGAUCAUUCGUGUAUUACAACUUACUUCUUGGGAUGAAGAUGCCUGGGCCAGCAAAGAUACCGAAGCCAUGAAGAGAGCAUUGGCGUCCAUAGACUCUAAAUUGAACCAGGCCAAAGGUUGGCUCCGUGACCCCAAUGCCACUCCAGGGGAUGCUGGUGAGCAGGCCAUCAGGCAGAUAUUAGAUGAAGCAGGAAAAGUUGGUGAACUCUGUGCAGGCAAAGAACGCAGGGAGAUCCUGGGAACCUGCAAAAUGCUGGGGCAGAUGACUGAUCAAGUGGCUGACCUGCGAGCCAGAGGACAAGGAGCCUCACCCAUGGCCAUGCAGAAAGCCCAGCAGGUAUCUCAGGGGCUGGAUGUGCUCACAGCAAAAGUGGAAAAUGCUGCCCGGAAGCUGGAAGCCAUGACAAACUCAAAGCAGAGUAUUGCGAAGAAGAUUGAUGCUGCUCAGAAUUGGCUUGCAGACCCAAAUGGUGGACCAGAAGGAGAAGAACAGAUUCGAGGGGCUUUGGCUGAAGCUCGGAAAAUAGCAGAAUUAUGUGAGGAUCCUAAAGAGAGAGAUGACAUUCUGCGUUCUCUUGGAGAAAUAUCUGCUUUGACUAAUAAAUUAGCAGACCUACGAAGACAGGGGAAAGGAGAUUCCCCAGAGGCCCGAGCAUUAGCCAAACAAGUAGCCACAGCCCUGCAGAACUUGCAGACUAAAACCAAUAGGGCUGUGGCCAACAGCAGACCCACCAAAGCAGCAGUCCACCUUGAGGGGAAGAUUGAGCAAGCACAGCGAUGGAUUGAUAAUCCCACAGUGGAUGACCGGGGAGUUGGUCAGGCUGCCAUCCGGGGGCUUGUGGCUGAAGGGCAUCGUCUGGCUAAUGUUAUGAUGGGGCCUUAUCGCCAAGAUCUUCUGGCAAAGUGUGACAUAGUGGAUCAGCUGACAGCACAACUGGCUGAUCUGGCUGCCAGAGGGGAAGGGGAGAGCCCUCAGGCGAGAGUACUUGCAUCUAAGCUCCAAGACUCUUUAAAGGAUCUGAAGGCCCGGAUGCAGGAAGCCAUGACUCAGGAGGUGUCAGAUGUUUUCAGUGAUACCACAACUCCCAUCAAGCUGUUGGCAGUGGCAGCCACUGCACCUCCCGAUGCACCUAAUAGGGAAGAGGUAUUUGAUGAGAGGGCAGCUAACUUUGAAAACCAUUCAGGAAGGCUUGGUGCCACAGCAGAGAAGGCAGCUGCUGUUGGAACUGCUAAUAAGUCAACAGUGGAAGGCAUCCAGGCAUCAGUGAAGACAGCCCGAGAACUCACACCCCAGGUCGUCUCAGCUGCCCGCAUCUUACUUAGGAAUCCUGGAAAUCAAGCUGCUUAUGAACAUUUUGAGACAAUGAAGAAUCAGUGGAUCGACAAUGUUGAAAAAAUGACAGGGCUGGUGGACGAAGCCAUUGAUACCAAAUCUCUGUUGGAUGCUUCUGAAGAAGCAAUUAAAAAAGACCUGGACAAGUGUAAAGUAGCCAUGGCCAACAUUCAGCCUCAGAUGCUGGUGGCUGGGGCAACCAGCAUUGCUCGUCGGGCCAACCGAAUCUUGCUGGUGGCUAAGAGGGAGGUGGAGAACUCUGAGGAUCCCAAGUUCCGUGAGGCUGUGAAAGCUGCUUCUGAUGAAUUGAGCAAAACCAUUUCUCCAAUGGUGAUGGAUGCAAAGGCUGUGGCUGGAAACAUUUCCGACCCUGGCCUGCAGAAGAGCUUCCUGGACUCUGGAUAUCGGAUCCUCGGAGCUGUGGCUAAGGUCAGAGAAGCCUUCCAACCUCAGGAACCUGACUUCCCGCCUCCUCCACCAGACAUUGAUCAGCUCCGUUUGACGGAUGAGCUUGCUCCUCCCAAACCACCUCUGCCUGAGGGUGAGGUCCCUCCACCCAGGCCUCCACCACCAGAAGAGAAGGAUGAAGAAUUCCCUGAGCAGAAAGCUGGGGAGGUGAUUAACCAGCCAAUGAUGAUGGCUGCCAGGCAGCUCCAUGAUGAAGCUCGCAAAUGGUCCAGCAAGGGCAAUGACAUCAUUGCAGCAGCCAAGCGUAUGGCUUUAUUGAUGGCUGAGAUGUCUCGGCUGGUAAGAGGGGGCAGUGGCACCAAGAGAGCACUGAUUCAGUGUGCCAAGGACAUCGCCAAGGCCUCAGAUGAGGUGACUCGGUUGGCCAAGGAAGUUGCAAAGCAGUGCACAGAUAAGCGGAUUAGAACCAACCUCUUACAGGUAUGUGAGCGGAUCCCAACCAUUAGCACCCAGCUCAAAAUUCUGUCCACAGUAAAGGCCACCAUGCUGGGUCGGACCAACAUCAGCGAUGAGGAGUCUGAGCAGGCCACAGAGAUGCUGGUUCACAACGCCCAGAACCUCAUGCAGUCUGUGAAGGAGACUGUUCGUGAAGCAGAAGCAGCUUCAAUCAAAAUUCGAACAGAUGCUGGAUUUACACUGCGCUGGGUUAGAAAGACUCCCUGGUAUCAAUAGGCACCUGGUUGAAACUAGCUGGCACACAAAUCCCACUAAAUGGAAUGAAAAUGAUCUGAGUUCUAGGAGCCUCCCAGAAUUGCUGGGGGGUCAAAAGCCAUAUCCUGGCUUGACCUAACAGAAAGGAAAGGAGCCUCUUCACAUUAGAAAACAUGUAUACUCAUCAUAGACACUUUGAAAUGUGUCUUGGUAUAAAGCCUGUAUUCUCAAACACAGUUAUACUCAUGCACACUUUGUCCCAACAGGCAGACUGGGUUUCUAGCCUAUGGAGACUUCAUAUAAGCUCAGAAUCCAAGAGUGAACACUAGUCAGACACCCCGCUCUGCACUUGCUCCUAGGGGACAGUUUCUGCUCUGCUUCCUUUUCCCUGCUUCCCAUUCUCUCUUCUAGGCUCCCAAGACCCAGGGCCCAGGCAAGUCAAUUAAGGACAUCACUGUGCCUCCAAAAUUUGUUUUGGGCUUUCCAUGUUGCUGCUGACCUGGCCUGCCCUCCCUGGCUGCUACCUGGGUCCUUUUCAGGAGUGAGCUUUGCUGCUGUAGGGGAAGGUGGCCUCUGGGACUCCCAGCAUAUGGGGCCUGGAUUAACUUCCUGUCCUCUCCCAAUUUAAUUCCAUACUACAAAACCAAAUUUAACUCUAUUAGGAGAAUAGUCACAGAAUCACGUGAUUCUUUCUUUACCAGAGGGAAACUUCGUAUCCCAUAUAUCUCACCUCAGCCUGCCAAGGUAGCCAUCCCAUGAACACACUGUGUCCAGGUGCUCUCUGCCACUGGAGGGGCAGAGUAGCCCAGGUGUGGCCUUGCCCAUUCUCCCAGCAGGGUCACCCCCAGGCGCUCCAUGCUUUGUCACUGCCUGUAGAGGUCUGUGCUGAGGCCUUAUCAUUCAUUCUUAGCUCUUAUUGUUCCUUCUGAGCUGAAAUGCUGCAUUUAAUUUUUAACCAAAUCAUGUCUCCUUAUCCUGGCUUUUGUAUUCUCCCCUACCAGCCCUCCUAAAUAAGAUUUUAAAGAUGUGUUUUUCCAUCUGUAAUUUUGAAAGAUCCUUUUUAUCUUUUUGAAACUCAGAAAUAAGAAUUGGUGCUUGCCCCCCAUGAGUGUUUGUUUAAUGCAACGGCAAUCCUGUCAGGAAAUGCCUACUUAAGGGAGAGGGACAGUUGCAUACUGGAAUUCUGGUACUGUAGGGGAUGAGUCAGUCCCCUAGGAAACAGUCCUCAGUAAUUCCUACCCUCCUCAAUCAGCUAUAACCAAUCCCUUGCAAUCCUCUCCUCCCUCCCAAAUAUGUUUAAGAGAAUUUGGUAUAAGAAUUAGUUAUCACCAUAAAGUCCCUAUUAGCAAAGUGAGAGAGAAGACAAGUUUUCCUUUUUUGCACUUGUCACUGCUGUCUAAGCAUUCCCCAGCACAUGAAACCAUAUUUUUUCCUAAAGCCAGAACUGGAUGAGUAAAGGAGUAAGAACACUUGCCUGAAUGUCUUUCCUUCCUUCCCACCCCCAAUAUGUGUGUUAGAUCCCAACUUCAAAUGUGUAAAAUUUGUCUUAAGUUGGUACUGUACACUCAGGCUUCCUCUAUUUCCUUUUAAUUAACUGAUAAAGAUUGUUUUUAAGGCCCUCAGCAUAUUUAUAUAGUUGCUUACCUGAUAUAAAUGCAAUAUUAAUGCCUUUAAAGUAUGAAUCUAUGCCAAAGAUCACCUUUUGUUUUACUAAAGAUUACUUAGAGGAAAUAAGAAAAAUCACGUUUGCUCUCCAAGUUCUUCCAGUGCUUUGACACUGGUUUAUACUUUAUGCCAAUGUGCUUUUCUCUAAUAUCAGUGCUCAAGACACAGUGAAGCAAAAAAAAAAAAAAUCCCUAAAUGAUGAUUAGAGACAUCACCACUAAAAGUCUACAUUUAUUAUCUAGUAUUUGUUAUAUGCAAAUAUUUUCUGCCUCUUCAUUUGUUCUGUUUAAAACAAUAAAGUGCAUUUGUAUAAAUAAUGCUUUAAAUGGAUAUGUUAUUAGAGCAGGUUUUUUCUUAAUUUUGGAAUAGCAAUGCAACUAAUCCUCAAGAUCUGGAAACUAAAAAUUUUUAUUUAAUCAGUCUGGACGAAGUGAGAAACAGCUAUAGUGUAUUUACUUAACAAGGAUUUGUGUAAUAAACUACAACUUUGGGGCUUAUAUACUAGAAAGAGCAGAAGUGACAAACAGGAGGAGUAAAUUAGCAGGUGAUGUGACUCAUUCCCCAGUUGAAGAAGUCUAAAUCUUAGAAGAUUCUAGCUGUUUGUGUAUCCUCUAAGAGGAUGAAACUGUUACAUGUGCAGGAAUACCAUAGGUCUAUUUUUCAUAUUCCAAAUCCCAAUAUAGAACAACAGGGUAAUGAGGCAGAGCUAGCUUUGGGGGGGUGCGUAGCCCAGUUCUUGCAUGAGGAAGCACUAACUAGAAGAGUAGAAGGUUCUUGGAGUAGAGCUGGGUUAUCACUAUUUUUGCCUGGUUUUCUAGAUCUGAAACGGUGAUAGUGUUGCUGAUUACAUUUGUUACUGUUGUAACUUAGGAAAGAUGCUGACUAGGGAGUCAGAUUCCAGUCUGCUGAGUUACAGGAAAAUGUCCAACGCUACUGAAUUAACUCAGCAAUAUCUGAAAAAAGAAAUCUAUGGUCUCAUUUUUGCUACUCACCAUAUGAUCAAUGGCACUGCCUUUCUGCUACAUUAUAGUUUUCUCAAAUCAGAUGACUCUAAGGGUUCUUAUGUAGAGCGCCACUUAAGGGAUCACAUGAAUUUCCUUUGAAUAAG